UGGGAUGGGGUUGUGAGGGGAUUUUGAAUGAGUGGCAUGAUAAUAUCCCAUUUUUAUAAACUACUCCUUAUAAAGCCAAGCCAAGUCUGUAGCCCAUUGGUGCCAAUGUCGACCAACGGCUCGUGCCUCAGUACCUCUCUCUCUCCUCUAUCCCAAUUCUCUCUCCUCCACCAGAGAGCCACCACCAACACCGCCGUAUUCCGACCUCCAGUUAUAACCGCUAGGCUUAACUCUACCGCCUCUCCUCCUCCCCCGGUUCUCAUCCGAAGCAAACCCGUUUUCGCUACCGCUGCCCCCAUUGUCACCCCCUCUAGGAGAGAAGAUAUGGGGAGUUCAUACGAGGAGGCCAUUGUAGGACUCAAGAAACUUCUCAGUGUGAAGGGUGAGCUUGCACCAGUAGCAGCGGCAAAGAUCCAGCAAAUAACAGCCGAACUGACAACCGCUGGGGCCACCAAGGAUUCUUUUAACCCGGUUGAGAGGGUCAAAAACGGCUUCAUUUACUUCAAGAGAGAGAAAUAUGAGAAAAAUCCAGUUUUACAUGCCGAACUGGCCAAAGGCCAAAGCCCCAAAUUUAUGGUGUUUGCGUGCUCGGAUUCGCGGGUCUGCCCGUCGCACGUACUGGAUUUCCAACCCGGGGAGGCUUUUGUGGUCCGGAACGUUGCCAACAUGGUCCCUCCUUAUGACAAGGUUAAGUACUCUGGAGUUGGUGCAGCCGUCGAGUACGCUGUUCUUCAUCUCAAGGUAGAGAACAUUGUGGUAAUUGGGCAUAGCAGCUGCGGUGGGAUAAAGGGGCUUAUGUCAUUCACAUUCGACGGCACCUCCUCUACUGAUUUCAUUGAGGACUGGGUCAAAAUCGGUUUACCUGCUAAGGCCAAGGUUAAAGCAGAAUGUGGGGAUGCGCCACUCCCAGAACUAUGUGCUACCUGUGAAAAGGAGGCGGUGAAUGUAUCGCUCGGAAACCUGCUAACUUAUCCAUUUGUGAGAGAUGGGUUGGUGAAGAAAACUCUCGCAUUGAAAGGCGGUUACUACGAUUUCGUGAAGGGAUCUUUCGAGCUAUGGGGGCUCGAGUUUGGCCUUUCUCCCCCCCUCUCUGUAAAAGAUGUUGCAACUGUACUGCAUUGGAAGCUCUAGGGACAAUGCUUAGAGGCCAUCCUUGCAGAGAUGAGAGGCUCUCUCCAUUAUAUUUGUCCAUAUGAACAACUUAAGUAAUGCAGAAUUCCAAUCUACUUAGGUCUUCCUCAGUGCUUUCCAAGUACAUAAUAAUAAUGGCAAAGCCUUUCGACAUCGA